CUCAUUCAAGGAGUAGGAAGCGGAGCAAGGGACGGGUAGCUCGACAAGCUGCUUGACACAUUUGCCGUAGGAGGGAAAAGGAAGGCAUGAGAAAAUGCGCGAAAAGCAAUGAGUUCUUCCGUCGCUUUGCCCAGCGGGUCACUUUGCUCCAAAUUGCAACGUACAAACACACACAGCAAAGAAAGCAGAUUCCUCCGAAAAUGACCGAACAGGCGGCACGGCUACAAACGCACAACCAGGAGAUGGUAAAGUGCCUCAACCAGCUGCGCGGCCAGCAAACGGCACUGGAGGAAAAGAUCGCCGCACAGGAAAGGAAGAAGGACUCGCUGAGCAAGGAGAUGGAGAAGCUGCAGCGCACACUGGAGCAGCUGGAAACGUCCAUCGCGGAGGAUACGAAGGCGCUGAACGAUUGUUCGAAACGGCUCACGGAAACGGAGAAUGGCUACGCGAAGGUGGUGGACACGCUGCAGCUGCUGCUAAUGUCCGCCAAGGAGAAGGUCAACACCACUACCCCAACUUCCCGGAGCGUCCACAGCGAGAGCAGCAAACACUCGAGCUAGGAUCACAAAUACACCAAAAACAAUGCAAACUGCGCCGUUUAAGUUUAAA